AAAUGUGCCACAAGUAUGGGGCAUUGUCGUUCUGGGACUUCGCGUCAGGGGCACCAUAUCUUGACAUCGACGUCAACCCCACGAGGACAGGGUACAAAGACGCUGUCUUUCUUUCUCCUCAUAAGUUUAUCGGUGGCCCCGGUACACCUGGAGUUCUUAUCGCCAAACGUCACGUCUUCAAUAAUCCAGUUCCAGGGGGAUGCGGUGGAGGAACUGUUGUUUUUGUGACACGAGACAAACACCUUUACCUUAGGGACAUCGAGAGCAGGGAAGAAGGAGGAACACCAGCGAUAAUUGAAUCAGUACGCGCCGGCUUGGUCUUUCAAUUAAAGCAGAGUAUUGGAACAAAAUUUAUUGAAGAAAGAGAAGAAGAGCUUUGYCAAAAAGCCUUUGAAAUCUGGAACAGGAAUCCCAACCUCACCAUCCUCGGAAGUACAAAGGCUCGAAGGCUACCGAUAUUUUCCUUCGUCGUCUAUCACCGUCAGAGUGGCAAACUUUUACAUCACAACUUCAUGUCUGCAUUGCUGAACGAUCUCUAUGGAAUUCAAGCCAGAGCAGGUUGCGCAUGCGCUGGACCCUACGCGCUGGAUUUGCUUGGUAUGUCCGAAGAUAUUUUUAAGAGAUACGAAUGCUUUAUCACAGAAUCUGAUGGAGAUGAGCAGCUUCUGGAGAUAAUGAGGCCUGGUUUCGCUCGAAUCAAUCUGCCGUACUUUAUGGACGAUGCUGAGAUUGAUUUUGUCCUAGAGGCAGUGGACAUGGUAGCAAACCAUGGAUGGAAACUUCUUCCUCAGUAUCGAUUUGACUCAAGGACAGCCUCAUGGUGUCAUCGACRACACACCAACAAGCCAAUAUUUAGCCUUCAUGAUAUAACGUACGAUAAAAAUGGCAUUCACGUGACGCACACUGCUCCUGAGGMACUGCUGGAUUUGUCACGUGAGGAUGUUGCACGUGCUGCAAGCAUAAUCUGCCAGGAGGCCGUUGAAGUGAACAAGGGAAUCUCGACACUCGACGACGAAAUCAUUCGGUUUUCUGACGAAAACAACAAACUAGUAUGGUUCUUGCAGCCACAACAAGCACAGUUCUUCCUUGAUUCAGAUUCGAGAAAUCAUGAAAUUUCUAGAAAGACGAGCCUACCAUUUAAGCCUCGUAAACUUUCCAGGAAAAAUUCCAGGGGUGAAAUGAAGAGGCCAGGCGGAGAACAACUGAUAGAGACAGCUAUACAUCAAGUCGCCAAACGAAAACAGAACAACAGUAACGGAGAAARGUAAAGGGCAAUGACCAAAUGAUGCACCGCAGACGAUAAAAACCCGUGUUGAACUACAUUAACUGGUAUUCCUUUAGAGUUGUGGUCAACURUGGUCAGUACAUUCUAAGCGACAACGAGCAAGUUGCUAUGAGCGURAUUUUUAACCCACGUGUCACCACGCCCAUUCUCAAAAACCACUGAUGCACAUCCAAAGUACACUGAAAUUUUCUUGAAUUUACACACUUUUAACUGUGAAAAUUUUAUCAAAAAAUAUAGAGUUCCAGGCAUAAAAACACCGUUUAGAAAUGUUCAUAUCUAACGAAGUCAACAACUGCCGUAGCAAUCUGUGCAAUUUGUGAAAGUGACGUUCUGCCUUCAAGUGCUUCUUCCUCUGAGGAGGAAACAGUCUAAGACUGUUCUUCAACGCAUCAGAACUAUGACUUCCAUUGUGAGAGAGCGUACUGUAAAUGGUCACUGUUCACGAUGAGCCGUUUUUUGCGGAAUAUUGUUGUUUUGGGUUCACAACGAACAAACUAUUGGUGUUACCCUAUU